GUAUUAGAAGGAAGAAGACUGGGCUGAGCUCAUACCACUUCCUAACCAGCAGCCUCACACCACACCUAUCAAAGAGAAUGGCUGAGCAAGAGAGCUUGGAGUUUGGCAAAGCCGACUUUGUCUUGUUGGAUAACCUUACUAUUGAGGAGUUCUUGGCAAAUCUGAAAUUGAGGUUUGAUAAGAAUAGAAUCUAUACCUACAUUGGAGAGGUGGUUGUCUCAGUAAAUCCAUACCAGCAUAUUGAUUUAUAUGGAAGGGGCAUGAUUGAGCACUACAAGGGAAGGGAGCUGUAUGAAAGACCACCGCAUUUGUACGCCAUUGCAGACUCAGCUUACAAGGCCAUGAAGAGGAGGGCCAAGGACACAUGCAUUGUAAUAUCAGGUGAAAGUGGUGCUGGCAAGACAGAGGCAAGCAAAUAUAUAAUGCAGUAUAUUGCAGCCAUAACCAACCCCAGCCAAAGGGUGGAGGUUGAGAGUGUAAAAAAUACUUUGCUGAAGUCAAACUGUGUCCUGGAGGCUUUUGGGAACGCAAAGACAAAUCGGAACGACAACUCCAGCCGCUUUGGGAAGUACAUGGACAUCAACUUUGACUUUAAAGGGGAUCCCACUGGUGGACACAUCAAUAACUAUUUGCUUGAGAAGUCACGAGUGAUUGUUCAACAAGGAGGAGAGCGAAAUUUCCACUCAUUUUACCAGCUGAUCGCAGGUGGCUCUGAUGAUCUGUUGCAGUCCCUGUACCUACAGAGAGAUGUUGCAGAAUAUGCAUUCAUUAGAGAUGGAGCUACUGUCAAUUCUGUGAUCAAUGACAAGGGGAAUUUCAAGACCGUAAUGAAUGCAAUGCAAGUCAUCGGAUUCAGUGACGAAGAAAUUGACACCAUCUACAAAAUCUUGGCCACCAUCUUGCAUCUGGGGAACCUAAUGUUUAUCAGCGAAAGUGACACUGCUUCCAUCAGCAAUGGCUACUUGGUUUCAAAGAUCGCAGAGAUCACCAUGACGGAGCCAGGCACAGUCACAAAGACUCUUCUUCAUCGCACCGUAGCUACAGGAGGAGGUGAAGUAAUUGAAAAGGGUCACACAGUACAGGAAGCUGCGUAUGGCAGAGAUGCAUUUGCUAAGGCCAUUUAUGAACGUCUUUUUUGUUGGAUUGUGAACCGCAUCAAUGAUGUAAUUGAGGUAAAGGAUUAUGACCCGCGCAUUCACGGCAAGAACACUGUGAUUGGAGUGCUGGACAUCUAUGGAUUUGAGAUCUUUGAAAACAACAGUUUUGAACAGUUCUGUAUAAAUUACUGCAACGAGAAGCUUCAACAGCUCUUCAUUGAGCUGAUCCUGAGGCAGGAGCAAGCAGAGUACCAGAGGGAGGGCAUCGAGUGGCAACAUAUUGAUUACUUCAACAACCAAAUCAUUGUGGAUCUUGUGGAACAACCACACAAAGGAGUCAUCGCUGUCCUGGAUGAGGCCUGUAUGAAUGUCGGGAAGGUGACAGAUGCCAUAUUGGUGGACACCAUGGACUCCAAGCUAGGCAAACAUGCCCACUACACCAGCAGAAAGCUGUGUCCAACUGAAAAGAAUAUGGAGUUCAACAAACACUUCAGGAUAAAGCAUUACGCUGGACAAGUCACGUACUCAGUGGAGGGCUUCAUCGAUAAGAACAAGGACACACUCUAUCAGGACUUCAAACGUCUGAUGUACAACAGUUCUAACCCUGUGUUGAAAGACAUGUGGCCGGAAGGGAAGCUGAGUAUCACGGAGGUCACAAAGCGACCUCUGACCGCUGCAACCCUCUUCAGGAGUUCCAUGAUUGCACUUGUUGUUAACCUGGAAUGCAAGGAACCCUACUACGUGCGAUGCAUCAAGCCCAAUGACCAGAAAUCUCCUGUAAUCUUUGACUAUGAACGCUGCAGACACCAGGUGGAAUAUUUGGGACUGUUGGAAAAUGUGCGCGUGCGGCGAGCGGGAUUUGCUUACCGGCAGCCAUAUGAGCGUUUCCUGCUGAGGUACAAGAUGAUUUGUGAGUACACUUGGCCCAAUCACCUCAUGUCAACAGACCUGGAAGCCACCCGUAUGAUUAUAGACCAACAUUCCUUCCAGCAGGACGUUGCCUAUGGAAAGACAAAGCUAUUCAUUCGAACACCGCAGACGCUGUUUGGGCUGGAAUCUAUACGAGCAGGAGAAAUUCCUUUCAUUGUGCUCUUCCUGCAAAAGAUCUGGAGAGGAACCCUUGCUCGGAAACGUUGUCGAAGCAUGAGAGCUGUCUAUGCAAUCAUGAGUUAUUACAAGACAUUCAAGGUCAAGGCAUAUCUCAUAGAGGUAAUGAGACGCUUCCAGAAUGUACGGAGCAUGAGUGACUACGGAAAGAGUGUGACAUGGCCAACACCUCCCACAGUCUUAGUUAAGUUUGAGGAGAACAUGAAGUAUCUGUUCAGAAGAUGGAGGGCACGGCAGAUUGUGAAAAACAUCCCGCCAUCUGACAUGCCACAAAUCAAGGUAAAGAUUGCUGCCAUGGAUGCACUGCUGGGGCGGAGAAAAGACUGGGGUGUGCAAAGAACCUGGGAGCAGGACUACCUCGCAUCUGCCAGGCACAACCCGGAGAUGAUGUCCCAGUUUGCCACAAGCAUGAAGGGACUAAAAUGCAAGGAGCAGUUCAGCAGUGUGCUGUUCUCUGCACAUGUGCGAAAGAUCAAUAGGUUUAACAAGUGUGAGGAUCGAGCUAUUCUCAUUACCGACCAAAACCUGUACAAAUUGGAGCCAGCCAGACGCUACAAGUGCAUGAAGGCACUACCGCUCAGCUAUGUGACUGGAGUCAGUGUAACCGACGGCAAGGAUCAAUUGAUCAUCUUCCACACCAAGACAAAUGAUGACCUGGUGGUUUGCCUGGACAAGAUGCAGCAGGGGAAUGAUAAUAGGAUUGGAGAAGUUGUUGGUGUCUUGGCGAAUCACUUUAACAAGAAUAACAUUCCUCUACAAGUCAACGUCAGCAACCUGGUCCAUUGCAACAUGCGUGGCAAAAAACGCACAGUGGUAGUGGAAGAGAGAAUUGAACAAACACAGCCUGACUUCAAGAAAAAUCACACAGGCUUCACGCUGUACUGGCCAGGAAUGUAGCACUUGUGGAACAAGGGAUUUCAAUAGGAGGACACUGAGUUGUUUUUGUAAUGUAUUUUUUAAUAAAAGAUUCCUGUUCUCGC